GCAAUUGUCGAUUCCGUCUUUUUCCUUUUGUCGUGCACGACUUUUAGAGCUCUACGCAAUCCUUGUUGUUUAUCAAAUAUUAAACAAGGAUAAAUGAAUACUUAUAAACGUUGUAAGCGCAUCGAACGCAGCCAUCUACUCCAUGCUAAUAAUAUAUCACGAAGGAGCCGCAUGAAAAACUUGAUCCAAUAGGAAAGUAUAGAUGUCGCUUACUUCAGUCGCUGUUUUUUUUUCGCGGCUUGUGUGAUCGAGUGUGUCAGAGCGCAUAUCAAAGAGGCCGAAUACCGAACUACAAAGCGCCGUACCGCACCAAUCAGGAAUUCAGGACGGCACCAACGCAGGACGUCAAUCGACGUUAUAAGGAAUAAUUCCUUCCCAGUAUCUUUGCUUUGUCGUCGCACUCCAGCAGACAGCAUCGACGUAGUGACAUCGUUGCCUUCUACGCAUUACGCAUUACGAAUUACGUAUUUGAUUCCGAGUCUUUCUACGGCAUAAAAUGUCUAACAAAAUUAUCAUACUUGUUGUGGAAGGCACAAAAUUGUAUAAAUGUAUCAAAUGUGGCGAAAUGUCUAAAAGAAGGUAUAACACGGAGCGUCAUUUCCGGCGCUUUCAUGAAAAUAUAUAUCCGGGAAAGACAUGCUGUGGCACUACAUUUUGUACCAAAAGUGACUUCUACGAUCACAAAGAAAAAACUCAUAACGAAAAGAGGAAGUAUACGAAAGGACAAAAUCAAAGUAUUUCUGAGUCUGAUGAAGUCGAACAGGAAGACACUAUAAUAAAAAGUGAUAUGGAAAUUUCGGAAACGCGAAAUAAUAAUGAACUUGGAUUAUUACCUAUAAAGAAAUAUUUUCUUCAUAAGUGGCAAAAGAAUUCCUUUUAUAAGAUGGAAAAUAAUCGAGCACCAUUAACGAAUAUGGAAAAUGUUAGUAAUGAAAGUAGAAGAACAGCGAUGAAACGUGCAUCGCGAAAAAUUUUGCGAAACAAUGUUAGAUUAUCAAAUUCCUUCAGUUCAAAAGAAAAUGUAAAAAUAUACAAUAUUACAGCCCGAUCGACGAAAGACAUAGAUAAAGGGUUGAAGUCUAUUAUAUUUUAAGUUUUACAAUUUAUAUUGAGCGAUUCCGUAAUAUUUAUUUUUUUUUUUAAUAUGAAAGCAAAUAUAAAGACUGAUAGUUUGAACUUUCUGCAUAAAGUAUGUAAGUUAAGAACAAAACUACGCGUAUAUGACAUUUAUUGUGAAGAUUUGAUAUAUUGCUACUUCUGUUAUCUAAGAGUUAUUUUUAAAGAAUAUUUUUAGUAUUUAUAUAUGUUAUAUAUUUGAUAGAUUGCAUUUUGAUUUU